CCCCGCGCCGCACAGCAGGGCCUCCCUGCAGCCCGUGCGCGCCAGGGGUCCCGGGCGCGAGACGCCCGACGUCGGGGGGCCCCCACGCCCGUGGGCCACGGACAGCCGAGCAGCUCAGACAGCGGCCUAGGGCCAGGAGCCCCGGACGCUGCUUGGGGACAAAAGGCACCGGUCUGCAAGGCCGGAGCGGGAGGCCAGGGGUGCGUGGAAGGCUGUGGGCAGCACGGAGCGGCCCGUGUGGAGCGGUGGCGCUGUGGGAGCGGAGCAAGCUCAGCAGCGGGGGAGACCGAGACAAAGGCAGGGCGGCAGAGCUCUGCGGGCGGCUCCUGCCCGCCAGGCAGAGGGACCGAGGCAGUACCCACCCCGCCGCAGGGUCAGGAGCCCGCGAGGGGACGCGCUGCGCAGUCCUGCCGGCACGCCUCGGCAGCCUGA